AUGAUGUCAGAGCAUUCAAAGCAUCCACCUGCUCAAUUACUGCCUCGUGAAUUGGCCAAAGUUCCCCUUGCAGAACUCAAUCAUGUUAAACUUCAGAAAAAACCUUCCUUCAGAAAAGGAUUUUGUUAUGGAAAGAAUACAUUCGACAUUUUUGCAUUAGGGAAAAAAGCCAUAUUCUGUGUUACACCAGUUUAUCGUUUUUAUGAAGAUAUUUACAAUGCAUUUCCCGAAGAGCGAUACGUUGGCUUCUAUGAAUUCCUCAAGCCACUUUUACUCAUCAGGGAUCCCAAGUUGAUCGAGUCAGUCUUUGUCAAAGAUUUCAGUUAUUUUAGUGAACACCUGUUGAUGAAGAGAGAAAAUUCUGUUGCAAAGAAUUUGGCAUUCGUGCACUCCAAAGAUUGGAAAUAUGUACGCGGUAAACUGACGACAAAUUUCUCGGCUAACAAAUUGAAAGGGAUGCUUGUUCUGAUGAAUAAAAGCGCUGAUAUUUUGGAUUCUGUCUUGAGCGAAAAUUGUAAAUAUGAAGCGGUAAAAGUCAAAAACAUCUUCGCAAGGUAUACAGUGGAUAUGAUAACCAGCUGUUUUUUUGGAUUAAACUCCGACGCUCUAACCAAGCCGGAAUCACAAGUACUGAGAUUCUGUCAAAGUAUAUUGAAGCCUUCUAUGGCUAGUGUAUGGUUGCAUUUCCUCAGAAAUAUUUUACCAGAUUUCCAUUACUGGGUCAUAACGCAUCUGCCAACUUCGAAGGAUGCUCAGUCGGUCGAUGACAUGAUUACGAAGAAUGAUGAAAUGCGCAAAUCGGGAUCAGCUCAUUCCAAAAAUUUAUUGCAAAUGAUGCUCGAUUUGAGAGAUCUGAAUCGACAAAAGACACUGACAGAGGAAAAUGUCAAUGAUG